CUUUCUUCUUCUUCUUCUUCUUCUGGUUUUCAUCAACUGUCGAAGCUCCCGAAUCUCAGCUGCCAUGGCAUCGAUCGCACCGUUGCUUUUGCUCGUGCUUCUCUCGACUGCACUGACGAUUUCAUCAGGGUCUGUAGAUGGGUUCACCAUCAAUGGUCGAGUGAAGAUCCCCCAAGGUAUGGGUACAAAAGGAUUUGUUUUGCCUGGAAAAACAUCAAAUGUGAAAGUUAUACUCAAUGGUGGUCAAAUUGUUACUUAUCUGAGACCUGAUGGAUAUUUUUCAUUCCAGAACAUAUCAGCAGGGACUCAUUUGAUUGAAGUGACUGCAAUUGGCUAUUUCUUUUCUCCUGUUAGAGUUGAUGUUAGUGCUAGAAACCCAGGCAAGGUACAGGCAGCAUUAACGGAGAACCGGAGGGGUCUCAGUGAAUUGGUUUUAGAGCCAUUGAGAGAGGAACAAUAUUUCGAGAUUAGGGAACCUUUCUCCAUAAUGAAUAUUGUGAAAAGCCCAAUGGGUCUCAUGGUGGGAUUUAUGCUGGUGGUUGUUUUCUUAAUGCCCAAAUUAGUGGAAAACAUGGAUCCCGAAGAAAUGAGGCGAGCACAAGAAGAAAUGAGAAACCAAGGAGUUCCCUCUCUGGCUAGUUUGUUACCAGGAGGUGGGAGGAAUUGAGUGUUUGAGCAAGGGCGGUUCAAAUGUCAAGCUGUAUUGGUUUUCUACCCUAACAUCGAUUGUUUGGUUUGCGGAAAGAAAGGAUGAUGCACCUUGAAUUCUUGGUGGCAUCUCAAAGGUUAUGUAGUUUUUUUACUUUAGUUGCAGAACUUAUCCUGUGAUUAAAUUGAUAUAACAGCUAUUCAUUGUGUGAUGCUUUGAUGACAAAACAAAGAUAAGUUAGAAAAUAUUAUUGUUAUGGACAUGAUAGGUUUUGUUUGCUUGAAGAAUUGACAAUACUGUUAAAUGAA